AUGGCGUCUACAUCCACCUCCACUUCCACCUCCACCACCUCCACCGCCGUAGCAACCGCUACAACGGCCACAGCCACAGCCUCUACCGGCGACACACACCUCCAUCUCAGCGCCAACUUCGCCCACAACCCGCAGACCAAAUCGCCCCCCAUCGGCUACGACCACGAAGUCUACCUCCAGCUCCUCGCCGGCCGCGAGGGCGCCGUCCAAAAGACCCCCAACCAGAUCUACCGCGAGGAACGCGCACGACGUCGCACGACCCGCGCGCUCGACCCGGCAAUUCUCGAUCCGCAGGGGGAUCCGAGUCCCGUCGACUUUGAGUGUGCCGAAAAUCAAGGCGUCAAGGAGCGGUUGCGCGGGUAG